AUAGGUGACAUGGCUCAAAGGAUCAGCCAAUCAACGGCUCUCUUCCUACAGUUGGCCAAUCCGCAUUGAGCAUGUGUGUGCGUCUGAAGGCCUGUGGACGCACGCAGGAACUGAAGUAUAGUGGAAGCAAUGAAUUCCCUGGAACAGGCUGAAGACCUGAAGGCUUUUGAGAGGAGGCUUACGGAGUAUGUUUCCUGCUUGCAGCCCGCCACUGGCCGCUGGCGAAUGAUUCUGAUCGUGGUGUCUGUCUGCACAGCCACGGGGGCGUGGAACUGGCUCAUCGACCCAGACACACAGAAGGUCUCCUUCUUCUCCUCGCUGUGGAAUCACCCUUUCUUCACCCUCAGCUGCAUCACACUCAUCGGGCUCUUCUUCGCUGGGAUACACAAGCGUGUCGUCGCACCCUCAAUAAUUGCAGCUCGCUGCCGGACAGUGCUAGCUGAAUACAACAUGUCCUGUGAUGAUACGGGGAAACUCAUCCUGAAGCCGCGGCCGCACAUCCAAUAGCAGCAGCAGCAGGAGGAAGAGGAUCCCACCAAUCAGCAGCGCACUUAGACAGAUGGGCGGGAUCACCGGAGGACAGAAAGAGAUGAAGCCCCGCCUCUGGGCGGUGCUAAGGAGCCAUGUAUGAACUGUUUGCACACAGGAAACAUCUCCAUGGAAACGAGUUGCACUGUUGUCUGUGUAAAAGUCCCUAGUGGAAGAGCUGCUGGUCCUUUCUGUGUGUGUGUGUGUGUGUGUGUGUGUGUGUGUGUGUGUGUGUGAGAGAGUGUGAGAGAGUGUGUUUUCUGAUGAAUGAGGUGUUUUCUGCCUAUUUUUAAAGCAGCUUUAAGACUCCUAUAAUAAACACUGAUGUUUGGA